AGUGAAUGGCAAUCUAAAAAAGAAGCUUCUUGGCGCAAGAAAAUCUUGGAAAAAAUAUAAAAAUAUAGUUUUUGUGUGUCUUAUUGUUGUGGUAUACGCUUGAAUAUAGCAACAAUGGCUGACGAAGAUGAGGAAAUGGGACAUAGAGGGUUAGUUACAGCUAAACACAAAGAGGGAGAAGAAACUGCAUUUCUUCAAUUCAUUGAAAUGGAAAAUUUUAAGUCCUACCGUGGCCACAUUGUUGUGGGUCCCUUAAAGCAAUUUAAUGCUGUUAUUGGACCCAAUGGCUCUGGCAAAUCUAAUUUCAUGGACGCAAUUAGUUUCGUAAUGGGCGAAAAAACAUCGAGUCUGCGUGUAAAGCGUCUGAACGAUUUGAUACACGGUUCAUCCAUUGGCAAGCCAGUGGCGCGCAGCUGCUAUGUGACGGCCAAAUUUAUUUUGGAUGGAGAGAAGCAUAUGGAUUUUCAACGCGCCGUAAUAAGCGGAUCCUCGGAGUACCGAAUAAAUGGCGAGAGCGUUUCAAGUAAUACUUACCUUAAUAAGCUAGAAAAACUGGGCAUCAAUGUGAAAGCAAAGAACUUCUUAGUGUUCCAAGGCGCCGUGGAAAACAUUGCCAUGAAGACGCCCAAGGAGCGAACGGCUCUUUUCGAAGAAAUUAGCGGAUCGGGUCUGUUAAAGGAUGAUUACAAUCGACUUAAGCAGGAAAUGAUUGUCGCCGAAGAGGAGACACAGUUUACGUACCAGAAGAAAAAAGGAAUUGCUGCCGAGCGGAAGGAAGCCAAACAUGAGAAAAUGGAGGCCGAACGUUAUACACGAUUACAAGAUGAAUAUAACGAAAAACAAGUGGAAUAUCAAUUGUUUCGCCUAUUUCACGUUGAAAAGGAUAUACAGAAGUAUGUUGCUGACUUGGAAGUGAAACAGCAAGAGCUAAAGGCAGUAGAGCAACGCAAAGAAGCUGCUGACGAGGUGCUCCGCGAGAAGAAAAAGGAAGCUGGCAAAUUAACACGCGACUUAGCUAAAAUUGAUCAGGAGAUACGUGAGUUUGAGACUCAGCUUAAUAAACGACGUCCAUUGUACAUCAAGGCAAAGGAAAAGGUGGCACAUUGCAAGAAGAAGUUGAUAUCGCUGCAAAAGACGUUGGAAACAGCUAGAGAGGCGGACAAUGCACAUCAGCAAGAUAUACAAAAGCUGGAAAAGCAAUUGAGUGACGUCGAGGCAUUAAAGAAGCGGUUUGAGGAUGAGAUUGAAAACGAGUCCCAGAGACGUGGCAAAAGCGUCAACAUGGAGGAAGGUCUCGUACAAGAAUAUGAUCGGCUGAAACAGGAGGCCGAAGCAACUGCUACACAAUAUCGUUCUGAGCUGGAUUCUAUUAAUCGUGAGCAAAAAUCCGAACAGGAUAUGCUUGAUGGUGAAACCAAUCGCAGAGCUUCCGUGGAGGAAUCGUACAAGAAGCUCUCAUUGCAGCGCGAAGAAGCAGUUAAGCGUAGAGAUAAACUGAUGGAUCAUAUCAAAUCGUCUCAAGCGGCACUGGAAGAACAGAAUCGUAUAAAGGAUGAGCUGCGACGUGAUGUGGGAAGCUCGAAAGAAAAAAUUGCUGAAAAACAGCGUGAGCUUGAGAAUGUGCGCGAUCAGCUGGGCGAUGCAAAGAGUGACAAGCACGAGGAUGCCCGUCGUAAAAAGAAGCAGGAAGUGGUUGAGCUCUUCAAGAAGCAAGUACCCGGUGUGUACGACCGCAUGAUUAACAUGUGUCAGCCCACACACAAACGCUACAACGUGGCCGUCACAAAGGUAUUGGGCAAGUUUAUGGAAGCCAUAAUUGUGGACACAGAGAAAACCGCGCGGCAUUGCAUUCAGAUAUUGAAAGAGCAAAUGCUUGAGGUGGAGACAUUCCUGCCACUGGAUUACCUGCAAGUUAAACCAUUAAAAGAGCGUCUCCGGAAUAUCAGUGAACCACGUAAUGUUCGCCUGGUGUUCGAUGUGCUCAAAUUCGAGCCACAAGAAAUUGAACGCGCUGUCCUGUUUGCCACUGGCAAUGCUCUGGUCUGUGAAACGCCAGAGGAUGCCAUGAAAGUAGCCUACGAAAUUGAUCGAUCACGUUUUGAUGCACUGGCGCUGGACGGCACAUUCUAUCAAAAGUCCGGUCUCAUCUCUGGCGGCAGUCAUGAUUUGGCGCGUAAGGCGAAGCGAUGGGACGAAAAGCACAUGGCGCAACUUAAAAUGCAGAAGGAGCGUCUUAAUGAGGAGCUCAAGGAGUUGGUGAAAAAGUCGCGCAAACAAAGUGAGCUGGCAACAGUUGAAUCGCAGAUUAAGGGCCUCGAGAAUCGUCUGAAAUACAGCAUGGUUGACUUGGAGUCAUCAAAGAAGUCCAUUAGCCAAUAUGAUAACCAAUUGCAACAGGUGCAAAGCCAGCUGGAUGAGUUCGGGCCCAAGAUUAGUGAAAUCGAGCGCCGGAUGCAGGACCGUGAAGAGCACAUACAAGAAAUCAAAGAGAAUAUGAAUAAUGUGGAGGACAAAGUAUUUGCCGACUUCUGUCGGCGACUAGGUGUCAAGAACAUUCGUCAAUACGAAGAGCGUGAGCUGGUAAUGCAACAGGAAAGGGCACGCAAACGUGCCGAGUUCGAGCAGCAAAUCGAUGGAAUCAACAAUCAGCUGGACUUUGAGAAGCAAAAGGACACGCGCAAGAAUGUUGAGCGAUGGGAGCGCAGCGUGCAAGAUGAAGAAGAUGCAUUGGAAGGCCUUAAAGCGGCCGAAGCGCGGUAUUUAAAGGAAAUGGAUGAAGAGAAGGAGAAAAUGGAAAAGUUCAAGCAGGAGAAGCAAGCCAAGAAGCAAGCUGUUGAUGACAUGGAAGAGGACAUUUCAAAAGCGCGUAGAGAUGUUGCGAACCUGGCUAAGGAAAUACACAAUAUUGGCAGCCAAAUGUCGUCAAUUGAAUCGAAAAUAGAGGCCAAAAAGAACGAGCGACAAAACAUUUUAUUGCAGGCCAAAACUGAUUGCAUUGCGGUGCCCUUGUUGCGUGGCUCUCUAGAUGAUGCAGUGCGACAAAGCGAUGUAGACAGCGUGGAGCCAUCGACAUCAACGAUGCACGAUAAUCUUAUUGAGGUUGACUAUCGAUCGCUUCCACGCGAAUUAUGCAAGCUCAAAGACGAUUCCGCCUUCAAGAAAACCAAUGAACAGUUGCAGAAGGAUCUGCAAAGCAAGCUAGAUGUUCUGGAGCGGAUACAAACACCAAAUAUGAAAGCGAUGCAAAAACUGGACCUAGUUACGGAGAAAGUCCAAUCUACAAACGAAGAGUUCGAGAAUGCCAGACGUAAAGCCAAAAAGGCCAAAGCGGCAUUCGAAAAAGUGAAGAACGAGCGCUCGUCACGAUUCGUGCAAUGCUGUCAGCAUAUAUCCGAUGCCAUCGAUGGUAUUUACAAGAAAUUGGCUCGCAAUGAAGCCGCUCAGGCAUACAUAGGGCCUGAUAAUCCCGAAGAACCGUAUUUGGAUGGCAUUAAUUACAAUUGUGUCGCACCCGGCAAACGUUUCCAGCCAAUGAGUAAUUUGAGCGGUGGAGAAAAGACAAUCGCUGCUCUGGCCCUACUCUUCUCUACGCACAGCUAUCAUCCAGCGCCAUUUUUCGUACUUGACGAGAUUGAUGCCGCUUUAGAUAACACAAACAUUGGCAAAGUCGCUUCAUACAUUCGAGAUCACACAACAAAUUUGCAGACUAUUGUCAUAUCCCUGAAGGAGGAGUUUUAUGGUCAUGCUGAUGCGCUGAUCGGCAUCACACCUGCGGAAGGCGAUUGUCUCAUAUCUAACGUCUACAUAAUUGAUCUAACUUGCUACGAAGACAAGUGACGUGCAGAUUUUAAGUAGAGUUAUGCAUAAGAUAUUUAUAAUCCAGAUCAUUUCAGACAACUACAAUU